AGAAAACCGUCAAAAGAAACCCAGCACCGUCAAUCAAUUCUCCCCGCUUACCACGCAUGUAACAAACUGACAUAGUCUUCAUUUUUAAACCAUCACCUUCAUUUCUUCAUCCCUUCAAAAUCUAUUACCUAGUAAUACAAAACACCGAACAACAACCCCUCCUCAACAAGCAACAACUAGAUAACCAACCCCACGGCCACCCCUCAUGCCAGCCCCAACCCCAACCCCAAUCCCCAUCCCCAUCCCCAUCCAAUCCUUCGCCCAAACCCAACAACAACUCCUCCUCGCAGAACAUGAAGCCGAAGUCUCCUCGUCCCCGCUCUCCACAUCAAUCGCACAAUCAGGCGGCGUGUCCGCUUCAACACGUCGCACCUUACAAGUUGCCGGAUACGCCCUCACAGGCCUGGUUCUCGUCAACACUCGGACGGGCAUGGGCGGGCGUGAGGUAGGCGAAUUUGGAGUGGAUAGUGCAAUUGGGUCUGGCGCGAGGGGUGGUAAGGAUGGCGAGGGAGCCGGUGGGGGUGGUGAUGGGGGCGCGGAGAGGUUGGGGGCUCAUGGGAUGAGGGUGGGUGAUAUAGUGAGGGUUGAGGAUGUGGCUGCGGGUGCUCGUGGUGGUGCUGGUUCUGGUAGGGCGAAAGGAGCAAAGGAGGAGGAGGGGAGGAAAGGUAGGGCGCUGGAAGGGGUGGUGACGAGGGUUGGGGAGAGGAGCGUUUGGGUUGCGUUUGGGGGACAGGGAGGUGCUGCUGGAAAGGGCAGAGAUGAGGAGUCUGUGGAGGAUCUUUGGGGGAAGAAGGUUUGGAUGGUGAAAUUGGCGAACGAUGUUACCUACCGAAGGAUGAAGCAAACGAUGACCAAAAUGGAGAACAUGACGGAGUCAGACUACACAUAUUUCAUGAGGGUUGUUUUUGGGCAUACGGCGCCCUCCCCUGUGGAUCUGAGUUCUCUUGGAACAAUCGAGUUCAUCGACUCUACGCUAAACGACUCACAAAGAGAAGCAGUUCGAUUUGCGCUUGCAUCGAGAGAAAUCGCACUCAUUCAUGGCCCACCAGGCACUGGGAAAACAUACACUCUGAUAGAACUGAUUCUGCAACUUCUUCGCCAGAAUCUCCGGAUCUUAGUUUGCGGCCCGUCAAACGUCUCAGUGGACAAUAUUGUCGAACGGCUGGCUCCACAUAAAGUGCCACUGGUUAGAAUUGGACAUCCCGCCCGUCUUCUAUCUACUGUUUUAGAUCACUCUUUGGAGGUUUUAAUUCAAACAUCAGAUGCUGCCGCCAUUGUCAAAGACGUCAGGAAGGACAUCGAAACCAAACAGGCCAGCAUACGCAAGACAAGGAGCGGCAGGGAGCGGAGAGAGAUCUACAGAGAUCUAAAGGAACUACGCAAGGAGUUCCGAGAACGGGAAUCUAAAUGCGUCGGUAAUCUUGUUACGGAGAGCAAAGUGGUACUGGCAACACUGCAUGGUGCUGGUGGGCAUCAGCUAAGAAACCAGAAAUUCGACGUUGUGAUUAUUGACGAGGCAAGCCAGGCAUUGGAAGCUCAAUGUUGGGUUCCUCUGCUGUCUGCUUCCAAGGCAAUAUUGGCUGGCGACCACCUGCAGUUGCCUCCAACCAUCAAGUCUGUGACGUCGAAAUCUAGCGGGACAGUAGGGAACGGAAUGUCGGCAAGUGACGAAAUAUCUGCCCCAAAUGCCGACAAGGGUAACAAUAUAGGGCAGCAUAAGGCGACAAAGAAGGCGACGCUCGAAAUGACACUAUUUGAUCGUUUGCUGUCACUGCAUGGUCCCGCCAUCAAACGGAUGCUAACAACUCAGUAUCGGAUGCACGAGAAAAUCAUGCAAUUUCCUUCGCAGGAACUUUACGAAGCAAAGCUCAUCGCUGCAGACGCAGUGAAACUACGAUUGCUUAAGGAUUUGCCUUACGAAGUUGAAGAGUCUGAUGACACGCGGGAGCCUCUAGUAUUCUAUGAUACCCAGGGCGGGGAUUUCCCUGAGCGAGCCGAGGAACCUGUCGUGGCGGCAAAGCAGAAGCAGAUCUCCAUGUUUGUCGAGAGUAAAAGCAAUGAUUUGGAAGCCGUGCUGGUGGGUAGACACGUUGAGAAUCUGGUUGCGACGGGGGUGAAACCGGAAGACAUCGCUGUUGUUACUCCGUACAAUGCGCAGCUGGCUUUAUUGUCCAACAUGCUGAAGGACAAGUAUCCUGGACUAGAAUUGGGGAGCGUGGAUGGGUUUCAGGGACGGGAGAAGGAGGCUGUAGUCGUGAGUCUUGUGCGUAGCAAUCCAGAGCACGAAGUUGGGUUUCUCGCUGAGAAGAGGCGAUUAAAUGUUGCCAUGACCCGGCCCAAGCGUCAUUUGUGCGUGUGUGGUGAUUCUGAAACGAUUCGUCGUGGCAGCCAAUUCCUACGACGCUGGAUGGAUUUCUUGGAGGAAAAUGCCGAUCUGCGAUACCCCGACGCUGGCGAUUAUAUGCAAUCCUAAAGAGCGGAGCAUAAAUCCGAGAAACGCGAGUUUCCCUCAAAGCGACGAACUCCACAAAUUUUCAGACCACUUUUCACGAUAAUGUAGCAUGCAAAAAUGCUUCUCAGGGCGAGAAACCUGCGGAUUGGCUAGAGCACAGGGCUGACUGCCGCACGAGUUUUGGGAGGUGAAAGCCUUCCCCUAGGAUAGCUGUGUUAUUCUUUGGAGGAGCAUGUCACAGACCCGAUUCUCUAGCACGACCAUCAGCCCGUCGGAAUUGAUGUAUGAAUAUCUUUGUUGACGGCUCUGCAGCAAUAUGCGGCUUGUAGGCCAUCCGUGGACGGGGUGGGUUGUUGGUGUCCUUUUUGAUGUAUGUGACAUACAGGAACCCCACAGUAUACUUGUAUGUCAAUUGCAAGCGUCAAAAAUGAGAGCACCCUUGGGCGGCACGGAUUGAGCGGAGCUUAUUAGCCAUUAGAAAGUCGUUAUUGAUCAAGUAAUCUACCAUCCAGUGUAGUUGGGUAUACACUGAUAUUGAUAACCCAGACAAACGCAUCCCGAGCGACACGCGUUGUGUAGCACAGAUUGGAGCAGAUAAAAGCAAACCCUCUAUCUCUCGGGCGUUUGGAGAAGCAAACCCGCAUCCAAUCAACCUACCAGGAGCCCCGAGAGUGCCAUAUAUAGGCUCGAAAAACUUCGCUGCGGACGUAAAUGGUCGACAGUAAUGUUUGGAGUCGACAGUUUGCUCAGCUAUAUACCUAGGGCAAAUAUUUGGUCUCGUAGCUCUAGCAAGUCCAUGCAUGAAGGUAAUACCUGGAGUUGGGUGGGGAGUUAAUUGUGAUACUAAAGGAAAACCAAAGGCAUUCAAGGGUUAAACACCACUUAGGAAAAUAUCCUAAACGUUUUCCAUUCAGUCAUUCUGAUGAGCCCCUACUUUCCAAUAAAAAUCAUCAAACCGUUUUAAGUAUGAAACAUGUUCCGCAUUUACGCAAGUCUUGUGUGUGUGUAGGAGGAAGUAUGUAGUAGAUCUUGCCAUAAAAGUGGUCGCGCGGCCUCGAAAUGGUGGGGUGCCAGUGGAGGUCGGCACAGCUUCCCUGUCCGGAAAUAAUAAGAAAAAAUAAGACAUGGUGCAUUUGACCAGAGUGCGUGGCGAGACAUUUUCUCUGAAUCGCCAUUCCUGCAUACACACACCAUGGCCGAUACCGAAUGAUUGAGGUCCCCUCAAUCUAAGCAGUAGUUGCUUGAUGGCCAAGUUGACAAACUGCGUACAGCGGAACACGCUGAGUGAACUA